AUGUUGACAGAAACCACCAAGCUCUACCCUCCCACUGUGAUGACAGAAGACAAGACAACAACAGACAGUAAAAGUUUUAUCCCAGAAGAUGCUCAACAUAUUUCUACAGCGCCUAUGUCUGACACAAAACAAAAGACUGAAGAUGACAUAGAAGAAAUAAAACAAUGGAGAGACAACUUUGUAACAGAACACAGUGAUGUGGAGAUUAAAGUUCAAAACUUGUCUAAGAAACAAAAACAGAAUUUAAAAAACUUAAGAAAACAGUUAAAAGAACAAGAUAACACAAUAGAAGAUCUGACUCAACAAAUUGAAAGUUUAAAAACAAAAGAAUUAGACACAGACAAAACAGUGGAGAAACUGUCUGCAGAUAUGAAAGAAAAUGAAAACAACCUGCACACACUAUAUAAAGAGAUGAUAGUUUACACAGAGAAAACAGAUCAUGUAACACAAGAAAUUAAAAGACAUUCGGUUCUGAUAUCUGCUAUACAAGAAGACACAACAAACAAAUUUGAUAAAUUGCUGUCUAAGCAUGUUGUGAUGUGUAAACUUCUACAACAAAGAUUGAUGCCAAUUGACAAAAUGAUUGAAACAUAUAAUCAAAACUCUGAGACUAGGGAAGGGAAAAUGAAGAAGAUUGCAAAUCUAAAAAUAGAAGUUUUAAAGCUGUCAAAUGAUUUUCAAUCAAUUGGGUUUAUUGCUUCACAAGGUUCCUGGGAAGGGAAAGUGUAUGGCGGUUACAACGUUAUCACAUUUAGUGCUGUAGAACGUAACGUAGGAAACCGUUUUAAACCACAGACUGGAGUGUUUACUGCCCCUGUUGAUGGCCUGUAUAAAGCAAGUCUUACAAUAAAACCAACAGGAGAUCAUGAUGUAGGAGCUGGUGUUUGGCACAUUUCUGGUGGUGUGGUGUCACUGCUCGGUGAUGUGUGGGCUAAAGAUAAAUCCGUUGAAGCUUAA